GCCAGAGUGCUCCAACGGCUUCUAUGGCGAUUCGCUCGCUUUUUGCGAAUUUAAAACGCAACAAGGUUCAGUUCGGACCAAUAACUACGUGGAGGUUAAUAACCUCAGACGCCUUGCCAAUUAAACCAUUUAAAGAAUCUCCCAUUACCAAGGACGGCGAACUUGGGAGUAACAUUUUGAGUUUGAAAUUUCCAUGGCGCAGUGCAACCACGGUGAUUCAAAACUGGGUGGACUCGGGCCACGGGAUUACCAUUUCGGAGCUCCGAUUCAUCUAUAGGAAGCUACUGAAAUUCAAGCGCUACAAGCACGCACUCGAGAUAUUGACAUGGAUGGAAACUCAAAACAGUUUACGGAUGUCAGCUAGCGAUCAUGCCAUCAGAUUGGAACUAAUCAUUAAAGUCCACGGUUUAGGGGAGGCUGAAGAGUAUUUUAUGAGCAUUCCCGACAGUGCUUCACAGAAAGCUGCCUGUCUCCCUCUUCUUCGUCGUUAUCUAAAAGAAAGGGCCGUCAACAAAGCUGAGGCUUUCAUGGUGAAACUGAGUGGCUUGGGGAUGAUUGUGAGCCCUCAUCCAUUUAAUGAGAUGAUGAAGCUUUAUAUAGCUACUUCACAGUAUAAUAAAGUGCCCCUUGUUAUUCUGCAAAUGAAGCAGAACAAGAUACCCAGAACUGUUCUCUCGUACAACCUUUGGAUGGAUGCUUGUGCUGAGAUUUGUGGGGGCCCUACAGUUGAAAUGGUUUAUAAAGAACUGUUGAGUGAUAAAAAUGUUGAACUGGGAUGGAGCUCCCUAUCCACUUUAACCAAUGCUUACAUAAAAGCAGGCCUUGUUGAUAAAGCCUUUGUGGCACUAAAACUUGCAGAGAAGAAGCUGUCUGCCUCCAAUCGCCUGGGGUAUCUUUUCCUUCUUACUCUAUAUGCCUCUCUGGGUGAUAAGAAGGGAGUUCUUCGGCUUUGGGAUGCAAGUAAAGUUGUGAGUGGGAGGAUCACAUGUGCCAGUUACAUCUGUGUAUUAUCAUGUUUGGUGAAGCUAGGUGAUUUUUUGGAAGCCAAGAGGAUUUUUAUGGAAUGGGAGUCCAAUUGUCGAAAUUAUGACAUUAGAGUUUCUAAUGUUCUUUUAGGUGCAUACAUGCGGAAUGGACUGGUGAAAGAAGCUGAAUUAUUACAUCUUCACACAUUAGAGAGAGGCGGCUGCCCAAAUUAUAAGACUUGGGAAAUUCUUAUGGAGGGAUGGUUGAACAGCGGGAAUAUGGUCAAAGCUAUAGAUGCCAUGAAGAAAGGGUUUUCUUUGUUGAAACAUUGUGAUUGGAGACCAUCACAUGGUAGUUUAUUGGCCAUUGCUGAGUACUUCGAGAAGCAUGGGAAUUUUAAAUAUGCAAACCAGUACCUUAAAGUCGUCCAUCAAUUUGGCCUUGCAAGUUUACCAGUGUAUAAAUCAUUGCUUAGAAUGCACCUUAGUGCUCAGAAACCUGCUUUUGACAUCCUUAAAAUGAUGGAGAAGGAUGGCAUUGAGAUAGAUAAUGAUACUUCUACCCUUGUUCAAGCCUUCAACUCGUAAAUAAAACUAUGAACUGAGUCCUAUCGGCUCCCUGGUGGAAACAAGUAAAAUUGUUUUUAGGUUUUGAUUUUGAAAACUAAGCAAAGGAAUACAUGAAAGUUCGUAUACCAAAAUCAUGGCUCCCUUGGUUGACGCAGGUUUGUUAUUUGUUGUUUAAAGCCUGGAGUUUUGGUAAUUCAGAUUGCAUAGCUGCUCCCAGAUGGAUAAAACUUGGGCACUUUCCUAAUUUUAGCAAAAUAUUUGUGAUACAAUAUCAUUAAUACUUUAUCUAUCAUACAUAGUC